AUGUUCAAGUUUAUCGCUUUCGUUGCCGCCGCUCUGAUGUUGGCGAAUCGGGUGUCAUCAUUUUCCAUGUCGAUGAAGACUUCUCCGCCUUCUGUGGACCGUCGUGCCUUUGGCCAAAUAGCUGGAGCCACCGUUGUCGCAACGAUUGCAUCCAAUCCAAUUCCUGCUGUGGCCGACGAUGAAGAUCCCUUCAAGGACUUUGUGACGACGGAAUCUGGCCUCAAGUACAAGGUGACCAAAGAAGGCAACGGCAGUGUGCCUCCAGCGGGCGCAACCGUGCAGGCCCACUAUACUGGAUGGCUGGAUGAAUUUAAUUCCAUCAAAAAGUUUGAUUCCUCUCGAGAUCGGGGUCGUCCCUUUAGCUUUCGUGUCGGAGCAGGACAAGUCAUUCGAGGAUGGGAUGAAGCAUUUUCUACCAUGUCAGUAGGCGAGAGACGUCAACUGGUGAUCCCCUCAAGACUUGGGUAUGGCGACCGAGGUGCUGGAGGCAUCAUUCCCGGAGGGGCUACUCUGUACUUCGACGUCGAGCUGUUGGCAAUCAAAUAA